UUUUUUUAAUUUUAUAAUAGUUUUUAUAUACAUUUUUUUUUUUUAGAAAUUUUGAGAUAUUUUUAACAUGAAAGCGGCUAGUUCAAAUACCAACUGCCAAGAUGUGCCCAUGCCAGAUUCACCGGUGAAUCCUCAAGAGCCACAGACUGCUGACAGUUCCCCGACAACGAGCCAAAAGCUUCGAGCCCGAGCUAAGAAGCUGUUAAAGCCAAGUGUUAUACGACGUGUUUGCAAAGUACCAAAAGGAAAGCUGAGGAAGGUUCCCAAAAAGACACCCGCCAAGGUUGUGUAUACGAACUCACAGUUUGGGCAAGAGCCAGUUCCCUGUGAAUCGGGUUGUACCUCUUGCAGUUUGGCCCCUCCCCGACCUAAAGAGGGCAAAUUGUCCAAGAUGAAACGUCAGUGUACCGAGUGCAAAGAAAAGCAUGAAUCUGCAAAAAGCAACUUAAUUAUAACUCUAACUGAAGCUGAGGAACGUGUUAUGAAGGAACAUCAUUGUAUCUGCACGGAACAUGAUGGUCAGCUCUACAAACUGAUGGAUGACAAUAAGGAUUUUGAUGAUCUUAGCUCCCUUCUGCUCGCUUUUCGACAGCAAGCCAGAAUGCCACGCCUAUCCACUAAACGUAAUGUGGGCAACAAGCCAAUGGGCAAACGGAAGCGUUGAUUUAAGCCUCGAAGCAACAAUCUAAAUUUAACUAUUGUGAUAAUGGAUUUUAUGAUAUUUACUACUGAUAUUUGACACGCCUAGAUAGUAAAAAUAUAAAUAUCUUGAUCAA